AUGGACUCGAUUCUUAACUACGAGCGUUCGGGACGAAUGAUUUUUUAUGCGAUUUUAGGAUGUGACGAGCGAUCCACAAUUGAACAGAUCAAUGCUGAAUACAAGAUGCGAGUGCUUCAUUGUCACCCUGAUAAACACCCAGGAGACCAGGCUGCUGCUGGCAGAUUCGAAAGACUUCAGAGAGCAAAGUGUGUACUGAGUGACCCAGAUGAGAGACAGAAAUAUGACAUGUGGAGAAGAGCAGGGAUAUGUAUGUCGUACCGACAGUGGAGAGGUUUGAGGGACAAUGUGCACAUGUCAAUGCACUGGGGGUGUCAGGAAACAGACGGACCCAAUGCUUGAGGCCGGCAAGGAACCACCACCAAUCGCCCAGAUGUUCAAGAUGGAAGCACUUCUGAUCAAUCCAAUGCGAAGAUGCGGCUCAAACGAUUACACAGGGCAACAUUCUGUGGCAGAGAGACACACCAAGUGAAUCCUUGAGAAGAUUUCGAAACUAUGAAAUAUAAUCAUGUGGCUUUUGUGACUGGAUCAAUUGAAAUGUGAUUAUGUAUAUUCUGUGUAUAUAGACAGCUCUAUAUGUGAUGAUUAAGCCUGUAGUUACCCUCUGGGAAAACGUAUAAUCUUCUGAAGAAAUGAAGUGAAAUUGAGGUUCGGGCUAACUGUGCUUCAAGCGAUUCAUAUAGGCUUGUCUGCAACCAAGCGUAGAACAUCUUGAGUAGAUGACUAACGAUAUGUUAACUGGUGAAGGUAAGCUUAAACAUCAGCCUGGAGCUAAGUGUUGGACAUUCUGCGUGAUUAUGACCGACGAUUUGCUUACUGAUAUCAUAAAGCCUUUCAUCAGUCUGUGACCAAGUGUAAGACAUUCUGUGUGAACUUGACUAGCGAUUUGCUUACUGGUAUUGUUGGGCAUUCUGCAUGAUUAUGACUAACGAUUUGUACUGAUAUAGUAAAGCAUUCCAUUAGUCUGUAACCAGGUGUAGGACAUUCCCUGUGAUUUUGAUUAAUUAUUUUCUUACUGAUAUAGUAAAGCAUUCCAUCAGUAUGGUCUAAGUGUAGGACAUUCUGUGUGAUUUUGACUAACGAUAUGCUUACUGCAUACUUCGGUCUAGAACCAAGUGUAGGACAUUUUAAAGGUUGGGCAUGCAACACUUGGCAGAGUGAAGUAAGUGAAUAGUUUGAGCUAUAAGCACUCGGGUGCGAGCGUCAUAUAUAUAAGUAAAUGCAGUUGCCAUAUAUAUAUAAGUGUGAAUAGAUGAUUAGACAUUUAACCAGUAAAACAGUAUAUUCCAGUGCUCGCCUGGAAGGCAUAAGACGCAACUGGACUGGUAAUAACGAGAUCCCUAUGAAUAAUGCCAUCUGUAUACAGAUUUCCUGUACAGAAUUAAAUGACAGCUAAACUAGUCAGGGAAUAUAUCUUUGUAAAACAGCUGCUUACUCCAAUCCAGAAUAUGUGUAUGGCUUUAUUUUGAUUUAAUUUCUCGGAGAAUCUCACAUCAUCUUUUGUCGAAUGGCAUUUGCUAAUAGACAUUAAACGUACCCUUAUAUUUUUGUUAUACUCUAUAUACAAUUUAUAUUGUUUUUAUUAAUGUCUUAUUAUUAUUAUUAUUGAAAUGUUUGAAAGUUUUGAUGUGGUUACCUAGUCAAAUAUAAUUAAUGAAUAUAACUCAACCAAAGGUAUACUGAUAGAGGCCAAUGGAUGGGUAAGACAGUUAUUUUGAUGACUUUGGUGGAUCACCCUACAAGAACAUCAAACAUGAUCGUCAGAAGUCGCUAUAUAUGAACCAAACGUAUACAGGAGGAGUUUCCAGUUGUGUACUGCUGUAGGGUAAUUGUACUUUUCUUAAGAUUACUAUACGCGAGGUCUUCUCCACGAAAGUCUUCUUGUGUUUUGCUGCAAGUUGUAUUAUUCAUUUUCAGAUAUUUUGUGGCUAUUCAACCAGUCCAUAUUUUUUGAAACUACAGUUCCAUAGUUUUUGAAAGUAAUGAGUUAUAUUUUUUUAUGAAAAUGGGUAUAAUUAAUCUAUUCAACCAUAUACAUAUGUUGAUCGUACACCGCAUAUGGUAUAUGUAUGUAGGAACUGAUCAUUUGAAAUUUCAUUUAUGUAGCUCCACAUUACUGCUGAGGUAAUGUUUUCAACUCAUGCGGUUUAACUUGUUUUGUUUUCUUGAAAACGAUAUUAUUAACAUAUUUCCGUGUACGAUCUUUACAGGUCUUUAUAUAUCACUUUUACCCCCUAUUAUAUUUUCAGAUUAUUUAUAAUUCAGAUUUAUUCUCUGUGUGCAGGCUAUUGGUCGUUUUCUGACAUAUUCACAAGAUUUAUGGAUGUGUGGCUUAUCAAGCCAUUCGUGAAUGAUUUAGUAUGAAACCAUAUAAAAUUUACCUGUACACAUUUAUGUGAUUGUCAAAAUGAUUGUAUUGUAAUGAUUGUAUGGGACGUGCAUAAAUGUUUCAUAAAAUUUUAGGUUCACAGUAAUGUCGAUGCAUUCAGUUAAUUAAGUAAAUCAAAGCAAUAAAGCCAGAAAUGAAACUGACAUCGUUGCUGUGUGGAAUAUUUAGCGUGUUCAGUGGCACAACGGGAUACACCUAAUCACCGUCAUACAGGUAAAAUGUUGUCCUGAACACGCAGUAAAACAUCAAUCAGAAAAAUCGUAAAGCCCAAAGUGAAAGUUAUCUCGUUCAAUAGUCCUGAUCAUAUAUACACAUUGCGUUUUACACACAUCUUCAUUUAGUGAUUGAUCAAUCACUAUUUCCCCACCAUCUUCUUAAAGCUGUUAAUUCUGUUGGCAAAUGUUUCCGGACAAUGACGAUGUAAUUAAAUGCUUUUAGCAUCAC